AUGCAACAAAAGACUAAUGAAGAUUUGGAAAAUGUUAAAAAAGAGAAGGAGAAGUUAUCUGAAACGAAUCGAAAAUUGAUGGAAAAAUUAGAAAGACGAAAUGCAACAAUUAACAGUUUAAAAAAACAAUUAAAGUUACUGGAAGAAUCGGCUGCCUUACGUAUCAGUGAACUGAAGUUUCAACAUAAGUUAGCUGUAGACAAACUGCAAGCGCUCAGUAAACAACUGGAUAAGUACCGCUUUAGUACAUUCAAGAAAUUUGAUCGACCCAGUUCUCAUCCUUCUACACCAGUAUCAGCAAGGAUGACAACGAUCGAUUCUAUGUCUUCAUCAACUCCUACGGAGUCAUCAUUUGAGCAGCACUUCCGUGAUAGAAUGAAAGUUUUGGAUUGUACGAAGCAGGAGCUGGACUUUGCACUGAAUAAACUGCGUAUAAGAAGCCAAUCUCACCCUUUGGAUCACAUUCAGUCUAUUUCUUUAUCACAUGCUGAAACCAAUGAGCUUGAAAAGCCACUGUCCAGGAAUUCAUCAAAUCAUGAGUCUAUCGAAUUACAGUUACUUCAAAGGGAUCCUUCAGUUAUCAAGACUAAUUCUGCUGAUGAAAAAAUGGAAAUGGAACAACAUUUCGUGGUGCAUUCAAGUCCGGAAAAUAUUGAGAAUACGGAAGGUGUGACAAGUAAUUCACCGGGAGAGCAUACAGUUGAUCCGCUCAUGGUUCGGUAUAUGAAAAUAAUUCAAAGUCAAAGGGAAAAAGUGGAGCCGCUUCUUCAACAAACAUCAAAGGAAGAUACUCAACUAUCGGAAGAGUUGUUUGUUAUUGAAACAGGUGAAAGACUCAAUACAUCCAGUACACCAAGUGAUUUCGGAUGGUAA